UUCAGAGCUGAAGCUAAAGACACAUUUUGACCACAUGGAUUUGACAGAUUUUUGACGAGAAUUCUAAUUUUAAAUUUCAAAAUUUCCUGCAAAUUUUUGGACUUAAAUUGUGUUUUGUGGAGGUGAUGAGGGAAGAGGUCGCCCGCACCAAGUCCCCAGAAGGAGCCAUGGGAGCCGGUGAAGAGGAGCUUGACCGCGGCAGCAAGAGAGGUGUCCAGGGCCGAAAACGAUCCCCGUACCCCAAGAAAGAAACCACCACGGAGGACAGCGUUACGCCAGAUGCCCUCCCAUCCAAACGCAUCAAAAAGAGCCCUCCGCCAGGCAUCGUGUCCCUGGCCCCGGCCGUGAUGUCCCGACCUGACAGAGUGGAGAGCUUUGAGGAUCUUCACUCUCAGCGUGUCAUCGCUAACGUGCGCGAGCGUCAGCGCACGCAGAGUCUGAACGAUGCCUUCGCUUCUCUGCGUAAAAUCAUCCCGACUCUGCCGUCUGACAAACUCAGCAAGAUCCAAAUCCUCAAACUGGCCUCGCGGUACAUCGACUUCCUCUACCAGGUCCUCCAGAGUGACGAGAUGGACGCUAAGCUAGCUAGCUGCAACUACCUAGCGCAUGAGCGACUAAGCUACGCCUUCUCUGUAUGGAGGAUGGAGGGUGCCUGGGCCAUGUCCGCUAGUCACUGAGGACGCUCGCCAAAGACUCGCUUCUUCUGUCCUAACCCUGUGUGUCCUAUGCACUUCCUCUUGAACUUUGACCCCUCAUUCUACUAUAUAUCAAACCUUAUCCAAUGUUUACUAUAGCCACUAGAAAGCUCCCUUACGGAUACCUUGCUUCCUACUCCAUAACCCCUAAGUCGUACGUGUCCUAUGCACUUUCUCUUAAACUUUGACCCCUCUUAGCUUGUUUCUAUCUGUUAUAUCAAAACGUAUCUAAUGUUCAUUACAACUACUAGGAAGGACCUUAAAGACACAUCGCUUCCUACUCCCUAACACCUGUGUGUCCUAGGCACUUUCUUUUGACCGUUGACCCCAGAUCUUAGCUGGUUUCAAUGCUUUACAUUUAAAUAUUCUCACGUUUGAGUUAUUCUGGACAUGGGGACUGGACAUGACUUUAACACUAAGGUCAUGUCCACUCUCCACUCGUAAGGAUGCUUAAGAAGGAGACUACUUCCUAUUCACUAACUCCCAAGUGUCCUAUGCACUUCCUCUUGAACUUUGACUCCGUCUCAUAGCUUAAAAUCAGUAAAUUUUCCAUAUUACAAUUAUUUAAUGUCAGUGAUUUUUUUCCCCUCAUAGAUAAAAUUGGAAGGGCGACUUGUCUCCUUUUCUCUAAGCACUAUGUGUCCUAUGCACUUCCUCUUGAACCUUUUCUCAUGUUACAAUGAUUUUGUAUUGGUGAGUUGGGUUAGUCCAAUAUUCAGUGACUGUAUUUUUUAGCUCUGUUUCCAUUGCGGUCUCUCUGCAGGACACUACAUAUUUACACACAUACAUGACCAUGAUCUGACCUGAGACAUCCACAUCUCAUUCAUCUCUCGUUCACUACAAGCCACUAGGAAGGAUCCUCAGAGACAUCUUCCUUCCUAGUUAUUUGCUUCAUAUUUCCUAUGCGUCCUCUACAGGUGUUCCAUAUUUUUCCCAUUUUGUUUUUGUUUACUUUACGUUAAAACCACUUUCAUAGCCAUUACAAAGGAUCCUUAAGGACAACUCUUCGAUUCCUCUGUCUUAACCUUAGUGUCCUCCUCGUGACCAUAGCAAAAAUACUAAUCCUUUAUAUUACACCUCAAAUUUCUGUGUUUUUGGCUCCUAGGUCAUGUCCACUAAACACUACGACCCACUUCCUCUUUCCUCACCUUUUGACCCCUUGUAACCUGUCGACCCUUGACCUUUGACCUCAUCUGGUUUCCUUAACAUUAAACCUCUUCCACAUUUACCUUCUCUGGUUAUGAGCUGGUUUGUCUUUUGCUUUUCCACUUUUUGUCCUAAAAUUGGACCCGUACUUCUUGGAGAAGCUCGUCUGCAUCAAACCAGAUUUUUCCAGAUUUUCCCAAAUUGGACAUUUUUCCUCCUUUCUUUUUUUGAACUGGACUAAGUCUGGACGAUGUUUCUUGUGAUGUUUUCGCUUGACUCUAAAGUAGAACUGUGAUUGGACGGUUAAAGUCAAGCUUGUAGAUGCACAGCUGGUCUGGAGAGGACAAAAACAAAAUGGCUGCCGACAUGCGCACACGACACGGAUCCAGCGUGACGUCACGUGUUUACAGCUAACAUGCUAAUAAGCUAACCAUAGGCUCUGUGGGAAAGAGCCAGAAGAUUUAGUAAGUUUAUUUGGAUGAUUAUUGUGUUUUGGAAGAAGACGAGACGCUACAGGGACAAGAACAGAGUCAACACCGAGAGAACAAGAGGAAUUAUGUGUUUUGUGUCUUUAGACACGAUGUAAACAUGUUCAAAAUGUCUUCAAAUGUGUUUUAUCUGGAGAUGGCCGAUGAGAAGCUGAAGGAAGCAUCUGGGGAGGGGGAAGUCUUGACUUAAGGACUGGGCUGCCAUGAUGAUUGCCCCACAUCACCUGUGAAAAAUGAACAGAACUCAGUGGACUCUGAUGGUUAAGAAGCAUUUCUAUUAUGAGAACUCAGUGGUUGGUGGUUCUAUUCCCACUGCCUCUGUUGCAUAAGGCUGUUGUGGCGUCUUUGAGCAAGACGGUAUCUAUGAACAGAAACACGCCCUUGGUCCUGGCAGCGCCUCGUCUUCUUCAGUGUCAUCUGUGAAUUUGGUUGUACACUGUCAGAUUAUGUGCCCCAGUCGACAUCUCAACCGUUGCCAUGGUUUUCUGAAACAUUUUAACCACUUCCCAUGACAAAUGUACCAGAAGAAAUGUCUAUACAUCUACCAGCAUUGAUUUAAAGCCCCACUGUGGAAAUCACCAUUUUGCCUGGAAUGUUCCACAUUAUGGCAAUAAACACAGUCCAACAAAAGGUUAAAUUGUCGCCAUGGUUCCAGAAUAUUCCAACAGAUUUCUGUCUCUUUGUCCACUGCCAUAAAUGUCCCGCAGUGGGGCUUUAAACCCAAACUUCUUUCAUCAGGUGAGGCUUUUGUUUUUCACUUGUUUCAAUGAAAAGUUUAUUUGCAGAUUAUGAAAAUUUUUAUUAUUUUGGUGUCGAUCUUUGCAUCUGCUGUAGAUAAAUGUGUUUAUACGUAUACUACAGAGUGUAUAUG